AUGGCGGCCCUCCCGGACGGCACGGUCGUGGACGACGUGUGGAAAGCGUGCGCGUACGGGGACAUGGCGAAGCUGCGGCAGUACGUCGCGGAGGAUCCGACGCUCGUCAACGCUCCGGACAAGACCGGGUUCGUCCCGCUGCAAUGGGCGGCGCUGAACAACCGCGUCGCCGCGGCGGCGUUUCUCAUCGAGAAGGGCGCCGCGGUGAACGCGACGGACGGCGAGUCGCAGACGGCGAUGCACUGGGCGUGCGUCCGAGGCUCUCUCCCCACGGCGGAGUGCCUCCUUCGCAACGGCGCGCGCCUCGAUAUCCUCGACAGCCGCGGGUACACGCCCACGCACGUCGCCGCGCAGUACGGCCACACCGGCAUGAUCUACCACUUCAAGACGCGGUGGGACGCGGACGUGGAUGCGGCGGACGGAGACGGGCGGACGCCGCUGCACUGGGCCGCGUAUAAAGGCGCGUUCUCCUUCACACUGGUCCCCAUACGCUUCCCCGACGCGGUGAAGCUCCUGCUCUUCUGCGAGGCGGACGUCAUGAAGCAAGACUCGGAGGGGUGCACGCCGCUGCACUGGGCGGCGAUCCGCGGCAAGGCGGAGGCGGCGCACACGCUCGCGCAGGCGGGCGGCGUCGCGGUGCUGAGCGCGACGGACGCCGACGGCAACACGCCGCCGCAGCUGGCGACGGAUAAAGGGCACGCGGGGCUCGGCGGGUUCCUCGCGAAGACGCGGAGCAGGCUGACGAACAAGAAGGGGAAGUUCUGGCGCGAGAAGGGCAUGGCUGUCGCGUGCUUCGCGCUCAUCGUGGGGUUGGUGCUGACGUUCGCGACGCGGGUGAUGUUAGCCCCGGGGUUGCCGCCGCUGACGGGCGCGCCGUAUUUUUGGUCGCUCUGCGUGAUCGCGCUCGCGUCGUACGGUUUAUACGUCAUGUACAAGGUGUCGUACUGCGACCCGGGGUUCGUGAAGAUCGGGCACGUACCCGCGGGGAUGAUGCGCGAGCUCGACGCGAGCGGGGGCUGGCGCGAGGACGGCUCGAGAGCGGAGCUGACCCCGGAGACGCGGCGGUUGCAUCACCCGGAGCUGAAAGCGGGCAACUGGAGCGCGCUGUGCACGACGUGUAAGAUCGUCAAGCCGUGGGGCGUGAAGCACUGCUCGACGACGAACCGGUGCGUGUACCGGUUCGAUCACUACUGUCCGUGGAUGGGGAACGUCAUCGGGAAGAAGAAUCACAGAGACUUUCUGAUCUUCCUGUGCCUCGAGAACGCGGCUAUGGCCAUCUCGUUUUGCGUCGCGCUCGGCCGACUCAACGCUGUCGGUCCUCCGAUGGCGUGGUGGACGCACGCGUGGAUCGUCAUCUUCCUCAUCUGGGACGCGUGCGUCUUACUCCCCGUGCUCGGCCUCGCCGCGGCGCAGACGCAUCAGGCGAUGGAGAACAUCACGACGAACGAGCUCGCGAACGCGCACCGGUACGCGUAUUUGCGGGACGAGCACGGGAAGUUUCGCAACCCGUUCGACCGCGGGAGCAAGCUCAAGAACCUCGCGGGGUUCUGCGCGCAGCGGAACGACGAGGAGAAGACGCAGGCGCGGUGGGCGAUGAAUAAGUCGGAGAUGGAGGGGUUGAUCGGGGGUGGGGGGCGCGGCGGAGGGGACAGCAUGGUGUGAAGCGAGCGAGAGAGCCGGCGGCGCGCUACUAGCUAGUCGUCUUCGAACGCGGCCUUUUACCUUGUGACAAUUACCUUCGUAAUUUUUUGGAAUUGCGA